CAAGGACAAGCAGCAGAUCCCAGAGCUGCUGGACAUGGUGGAAAAGAUGAGAACUGAAGGAUCCAGAUGCUUCACAAAGGACAUGUUCACCAAGGCUCAGAUGGAAAAGGUUUCCAGACUUGAAGCUGAGCUGCAGGAUGUUAAACAGAGAAGUGAGGCUGGAGGUGAUGAAGAGAGUCAGAACAGAGAGUGUCUCAGGAUGGUGCUGAUUGGGAAGACUGGCAGUGGGAAGAGUUCAACAGCAAACACAAUUUUAGGCAAAAAACAUUUCAAACCCAGAAUCGCCCCGAAGCCAGCGAUCAAGUCCUGUGAGCAAGCAUCAGCAGAGAUUGAUGGACGGACUGUGGCUGUGGUCAACAUGCCGGCAUUGUUUGAUAAAACUCUGUCUGAUGGAAAAAUUCAACAAGAGACUAAAAAAUGCUUCAGCAUGUUGUCUCCUGGACCUCAUGUGAUCUUACUGGUGCUGCAGAUUGGGAACUUUACACAAGAGGAAAAGGACUCUGUGGAACUGAUCAAGAAAUAUUUUGGCAACAAGUCUGAAGAUUACGUCAUCGUUAUCUUCACCAGAGGAGACGAGCUGGAAGAUCAGACGUUUGAGAGUUACAUCGAAGGUUGUGAUGGUUUUGUCAAAAAACUAAUAAAUGACAGUGGAGGGAGAUACCAGGUCUUCAAUAACAAAGAUUACACAAACCGCACACAAGUCAGCGAGCUGCUGGCCAAGAUUGAGAGCGUGGUGAGAGAAAACGGUGGCUGCUACAACGCUGAGAUGGUGGACGACACGUCAGAACUACGAGUACAAGUGGAGAGGGUUUUAAAAGAGAAGGAAGAAGAGAUGAAGAGAAAGGAUGAGAAACAUGAGCAAGAGUUGAAAACACUGAAAAAGAAAAACAAUGAACAGCGUGAAGAAAUUGAACAGGAGAGAAAACAGAGAGCAAAACAGCUACAGGAGAAAGACGAAUGCAUCCAGAGGGAGCGCCGGGAAAGAAAGAAAGAACGAGAAAAGAAGAAAAGAGAAGGAAAACACAAAAGAAAGUCAGGAAGGAAUGGAAAAGAAAAGUGGACGCUUCAGAGAAAAUCGUUCAGGCAGAAAGAGAGCAAAGAGAAAAUGCUGAGAGGAAACUGGAGCUGUACAGAAAAGAGAUGAAGAGAGAUCGAGACGCCUGGGAUAAAGAAAGAAAGGACAUGUGGGAACGAAUCCGUCAGGAGGACAAACGAGCCUGAGGAGGAAGACGAGCUUCAGAAAGCUCCAAGAAGAGUACAAUCGGAAGAGGAGAAAGUGGACAUAUUCUUGUUUGCGCUCUGUCUUUAUGUCUUUUAGUGUGUUAUCUCUUUCUGAUUCAUGCGUACACAAACACUGCAGAGGGCGCUCAGACAAAAGAACACACAUGAACACUCAGCAGCAGCAGCUACAUUACUCUAUUACUUUCCUUUACAUUAAUGUUACAUUAAUGUCAAUGAUACAUGUAGUUAAAAGUCUCUAUAUCAAACACUCAUGGUUUGGCUCUUGUCCAGUCCCAUCAGUUGUAUAUAUAUGUUUAUGUUGUAUAUGUUCAUAGUUAAACCAGCUGUUAAAACAGACUGCAGUCAAACUUCUGUCAAAGUUUCAAGAACUUUCCAACCUGCUGUGACCAACAAACAAACUAAUAUUUGUUCAAUCUUUUCAUGUUGAAUCUUUUAAGUUCAAAUGUUCUUCAGAUAUUUUUCUUUUCAUCUGAAAUCAGUUGAUUAUUAAAAAAGAAAAAGUUGUUUGUUUUUCUUUUCUUCUUCUUAUCUGUGUAAUUAUUGACAGAUUGAAAACAGACAGCAGCUGAGCAAAGAAAGACUUCAACAGCUGGAAGCUCUGCUUGUUCAUUACAGAUGAUCUUUGUUGCAACAGAUCACAAAUAUUCCACAUUAAACAAACAUGUGCAGUCAACA